AAACCGAACAUCCCAACAUUUUUUCCUUUUUUCAAUUCGACUGAGCCAUGCCCAAGACGAUCGUCUUCGGGGUCCGGGUGAUUGGCAUCGACGGAAACGUCCAGUCCCGUGAGCGCGUCCCUGCGACUUUGGAGUCUUGGCCGGAGAUUUCUGCGGACGUCGAGUGGCCGAGGAUCCAGCAGAAACUGCAGGAGUUUCGCAGAAAAAGAGGCUGGGACUGCACGGUCAAAUUCCACAACGGGACAGAGCUGGAAGACCUGUGUGACUCGAGCAGCCUGAGGAUCUUGGUGGAGGUGCAGCAUGAGACCCUGCUCCAGAAAAGUGUGGAACUGCCAUUGUAUCUUUUUUCAGAUCCAACCACUGGCGUUUCUUCACCUGACAAGGAACAGAAGGAGAUUGUUUUUGAAACAACGGAGCAGGGCAGCCCAAUCCUCUUGAAUCUGCAGUCCGAUCUUCAGCUUGGAGAAGGAGGUCAUGGGACUGUGCGGCGAGCCAGAAAUGGCAAAGACCACAUCGCGUUGAAGGGGGCGCUUCCGAAAAAUCCACGGUCACAGCAAGACAUGAAGAAGGAGAUACGCACUUUGCUUCAGCUGAACCACCCCAACAUCAUCAAAGUCGUGCAGCACGGAUAUGUGGUGGAUCCGGUCAAUGGUCGCCUCCCUGCGUACAUGAUGGACCUCUGCAGGUGUUCAGUGGCUGCUUUGCUGGAAACAGGCUGGCACACCAAGGCAGCUGCAGAGGCUGCGCGCAGAGAUGUGGGUUCUGCACUGCAACAUUUUCAUUCUGCAGGCUUAGGACACAUGGAUGUGAAGCCAGGAAAUUGGCUGGUGACCAACAAAUCCACAGGGGCAAGUGGGGAAACCCAGCUGACACUCACACUGAUCGAUGCUGGUGGGGCUGGAAGGCUCAAGAAAGAUAGAGUGACUUCGUUUACUGCAGAGUAUGCGCAUCCACUGCAAAUGCGUAAUCAGGAUUGGUUUCGUCAUUUCAGGGAGGCGACAGUAGAGGCCUUUUUCGAUUGGUAUGGCAUGAAAGUGUCAAUCUUCCAGCUUUCCCAUUGCAGUUGGGACUCUGAAGAUGGAGUUCGGAAAGAUCAGGUUCUUGUGGAGGCAUCAGAAGCUUUGGCCAACGACAAAGAGUUCACCCUACAAGCAAUCCGGCAGGAUACCCUUGCGCUGGCAUUUGCCAGUGCGACACUCCGGAGUGACAAGGAGGUGGUCAUGGAAGCAGUCCGGAAAAAUGUCAUUGCACUGCAAUUUGCCAGUGAGACACUCCGGAGUGACAAGGAUUUUUACUUGGAAGCAGUCCGGCAAUAUUGGUUUGCGCUGGGAUAUGCCAGUGAGAAACGCCUGAGUGAUCCUGUAGCCCUGUUGCUGUGGUGACGGUUGGUGGUGCUUGGCUCAGUGAGGUAACAUGAUCCAGGCAGCAGCCGUGUCCGUAGUGGAUUGAUCGGUGCUGCCAGAGGAACAA